CUGGGCAGCCUGUGCAGAUCGCCAGCUCUGAAGGCCGUGCCUGGCUCUGCGGUGUCAGCAGCAACACAGCCAGCAUGCAGCAGCAACCAUCAGCAGAAUCCUUGGCUCCUUCUGCAGAGCCCACCAAACCCCCUUACAGCUACAUAGCCCUGAUUGCCAUGGCUAUCCAGAGUUCACCGGGUCAGCGGGCCACCCUCAGUGGCAUCUACCGCUACAUCAUGAGCCGCUUUGCCUUUUACCGGCACAACCGGCCGGGCUGGCAAAACAGCAUCCGCCAUAACCUGUCUCUCAACGAGUGCUUCGUCAAGGUGCCUCGUGAUGACCGCAAGCCAGGCAAGGGCAGCUACUGGACCCUGGAUCCGGACUGCCACGACAUGUUCCAGCAUGGCAGCUUCCUCCGUCGCCGAAGACGCUUCACCAAGCGCACAGGUGCCCAGGGCACCAAGGGCCCUGUCAAGGCAGACCACAGACCCCACAGAGCCACCAGCCCGGACCCAGGAGCCCCCAACACCACAACUGGUAGACUGUGCCCACUCCCACCAGAGGUGCCAAACCCCAAGGGCUUAAGCUUUGGGGGCCUGAUGGGGUCUUUGCCAGCCAACAUGUGCCAAACAACCAGUGACGUCAGGUCCCAGCUGCCCACUGGGCCCAAAGAGAUGUGUUCGGUAAAGUCUGGAGGCCCAAGGGAGCUUUCUGAAGCCGCCUCGCCCUCACCAUGCCCAGCAUUCGGCUUUUCAUCUGCCUUCUCUGACACUGAGAGUUUCGGCAAGGCCCCCACACCCGGGGUAGCUCCUGAGAGCAUUGGAAAUAGCUACCAGUGCCGGAUGCAGACACUGAAUUUCCGUAUGGGGACUGACCCGGGCCUUGAACACCUCUUGGCCUCUGCAGUCCCCACCCCAGGAUCCUCGACUCCUUCAGCCUCUCACCGGGCUCCAUUGCCCCUGCCAGCUGACUCCAAGGAACCCUGGAUGGCUGGGAGCUUCCCUGUCCAGGGAGGUUCUGGCUAUCCGCUGGGAUUGCCCCCUUGUCUUUACCGGACCCCGGGAAUGUUCUUUUUUGAGUGAUUGACUGCAGCAGCCCCUCUAUAAGGCUUUUGUCAACAGUUCUCCGGAGACUCAGACUUGGCUAUAGGACCUAGGGUACUCAGCAAGAAUCCAGCUCUGGCAGGCCAAGGACUGUGAGAAUGGGAAGGCAGAAGUGAGCAGUCAGGCAGGUCCCUGGGGGCCUCCAGACAAACUUGGGAUGUGGGGAAAUGGAACUCUCAAGGUUUUCUCUGUGGUUCUCAGGGCUAAUAAAGCCGGUUGUGGUGAUAA